AUGUUAACACUCUUCAAUGCAAAAUCUUUAACAGAUGAAGACUCUUCAUUAAAUAUGACAGAUGAAGAACGUGAACGAAUGCGAACUUUUGAACUUGAACGUAGUGCAGCAUUUGAUAAAUUUUAUCGAUUUGGUCGAACUGCUGAACCGUCAAUUGUACUUGAUGAUUUUCUUUUUUUGGGAAAUAUUCAACAUGCUACUAAUCAUGAUUUACUGGAACGAUUUAACAUUAAAAAUAUAAUAAAUGUAUGUGAUUUAAGAUUAGGACAAACAAUUCACGAUAAUUUCAAUGUUGUUCAUAUUCCAAUGCCUGACGAACCUCGAACAAAUAUAAAACAACAUUUUGAUCGAACAAAUGAAUUAUUACAUGGAUUUUAUGAAAAAAAAGAACGAUGUUUAGUACACUGUGCUGCUGGUGUAUCUCGUUCGGCAACAAUUGUUCUUGCUUAUUUAAUGAAAUAUCAUCAUAAUACAUUAAAAGAAGCAUUUUUUUUUCUUAUUGAAAAACGUCCACAAAUAUGGCCAAAUGAAGGAUUUUUAUUACAAUUAAUGCGUUAUGAAACAGAGCUUAUUCGAUCACGUGAAAUAACAAAUAAUGACGAUGAAUCAAUUGAAAGUAUUCAACUGAAAGAUAAUCCAAUUGAAACAUUGAAUGAAUUUGAACAUAAACAUGACAAAGAUGAAUAA